CUACUAAUUCUAAAACUGUGUUGCAAUUUAUAGCAGAUUAAACAAUCAGCAAAAGCAGAGACCAUUCAGAAGAGAAAGAGAGGAAGGACACCGAAGAGGUUUAUCAAAGGUUCCCAAGAUCCAGUGACUGACAAUGGGCAAAGUGGAGAUGUUGCUUCUGAUGGAAUGGUCACACAACCAAAUUCGGUUGAUUCACUUAGAAAUGCUGAAGUGGUGGUGACAAGGACUGAGGCUUCAUUGCCUAAUCAGGAGAGCAUAGUGCUCAAUGAGGAUUACGUGGAACUAAUUAAGGGUCAGCCUGAGCCAAUAAAUAGUGUUGGUGAUAUGACGAACAUUCCAUUUGUGAAAUAUUCUGAUAAAAAUGUUGUUAAAGAUUCAAUAAAUGCAUGUGAGAAGCAUUCAUCAAAAAGAAGAAAAAUGCUGAUCAUAGAUUCUUCAUCCAGAGGGAAAACCACUGAAUUGAACUGCAUAAUGAAAGAAGUUGAGAAAGUAAUUGCUGAAGUGCCCCAUAACGAGGAUGAUCAUAACGAGGAUGAUAAUGAACUGCCUUCAAACUUGAAUGAGGAGAUGCACGGUCCAUCUACUUUUGAUACCUCAAGAAUUUUGCCGGUGAGGACUAUGGAGCAAUGUAUGGUAAGCAGCAAGAAACAAGAAAAACCUUUUGAGCUUACUAAUCGAUGUGAGACACACAAAGGAUCUGGGAUGCAGGCUUCUGGAUUUGAGGAUAAUGGAGCAAUUGUGCUGAGCGAGCAGCAAAUCUUGCCUUUCGUGAAGAAAAAUGUACUUUGGAAGACAAUUGAAUCCAUGGAAAUUUUUGGAAAGGCACCACAGAAACCACAUUUCCAGCCUCUGGAACAUUUCAAAGAGAGUUUGCGUGAAGGCUUAGCUAUAGGUUAUAUGGUAACGUUCGCUAGUGUGGUCGAGAAAGCUUCCAAGUUGCUAUUUAAUGAUCCUAAAAGCAUUAUGGUUGACAUUUUGGAGACGCUUUCAGAUCUGGAGAAGUAUGGAUUUGAUGUUGGGGUAGUGCGAGACCGUGUACUUGAGUUGAUAGCUAUGAAAGAUAAACAUGAAAAGCUUCUAAGCCAGGUAGAAGAACUUAACAGUCAAAUUGCCCAACAGAAUCUUGAGAAAAGUAAGAUAGAUGAAGAGAUUGGCAAGAUCAGCACACAGAUAAUCGAGUUACAAAAGAAGCUAUCACUUGCUGAAUCAUCUAAAGAGUUGAAGGGUCAAGCAAUUGCCUCUUUACAGUCCAGACUGGAAGAAAUUGAAGAAAACAUCAGGACCGCAGAGUUUGAUUUUGAAGGCUUGGCUGCUAGACCGUUGUAGUUGUCAUGAUAAAAAUUGUAAAUGUUAAGGUGAUAAAGAUGAUGUCAAUUUUAUCGAAGGCAGGACUAGAACAAUUUAUUUAUCUUCCCAUUCAUAUAUUUUUGUGAUGACUCUUAACAUGAGAAGAAUGUAGCAUUUGAAACCAGAUUUUCUGAAUCUGAAAUUUCUCUAUUUGCCUCAAA